UGAGAGCAAUGUAUAUAUAGUUGAUGGUAACAUGCGGUGAUGAGUUUAGCCAUGUAAGAGACGAUUAAAUUAAAUUUGGACCGUAAUCUUGUUGAAUGUUGAGGGAGGAACCAUAAGCUAAGCCAUAUAAUUAAUUACAAGAGGAACCUCCCUCCAUCAAAGCCAUAUUCAACCUACCAUGACCCUCACUUCUUCUUCUUCUUCUUCCUCCAAUUUCACCUUCGACUUCAACCCUCAUCUUUCUUCUAAACCUUUUCGGCCACGGGAGUUUCGCGUUUUCAGGCGCCCAAGGCUGAAGCAUAAGCAUAAGCACAAGCGCAUGGCCAUGCCCACACUACUCGCCUGCUCUAUGCCACCAGAAUCUUCACCCUCCCCCUUCGAGAAUCUCUUCCAGAGCUUAAUCACGCACUACCCUUCCGUCAACUCCCUUGAUUUCAUCACUCCCGCCCUCGGUUUUGCCUCCGGCGCCGCACUCUACAUCUCCCGCAUUAAUUCCCCCAAGAAACCGCUGCCCGCUCCCGAUAUUGGCGAGUGGAUCCUCUUCUCCAGCCCCACGCCUUUCAACCGCUUCGUUCUUCUGCGCUGCCCUACGGUGUCCUUUGAGGCCGACGCCAGCCAGAAGCUCGUCACGGAGGAGAGGCGUUACGUCACCAUCAACAGCGGCAGGAUCGAGGUCAGGGAUUCGGAGUGUGACGAGAAGGCGGAGUGCUUGAGCUUCCAGAGAGUGUGCGUGAGUACAGAGGAUGGAGGUGUUGUUUCGUUGGAUUGGCCUUCCAAUUUGGAGUUGGAAGAGGAGCGUGGUUUGGAUUCUACUCUGCUGCUUGUUCCUGGAACUACAGAAGGAAGCAAUGAGAGGAACAUAAGGAGGUUUGUGGUUGAAUCUCUCAAGAGAGGCUUCUUUCCUGUUGUCAUGAAUCCCAGAGGAUGCGCCCGUUCACCCCUCACCACUCCCCGGUUAUUUACGGCUGCUGACAGUGAUGAUAUCUGCAUAGCUAUAAACUAUAUCAACAAGGCAAGGCCUUGGACAACCUUGAUGGGUGUUGGCUGGGGAUAUGGUGCAAACAUGCUGACAAAAUACCUGGCAGAGGUUGGGGAGAGAACACCGCUCACGGCAGUCACGUGUAUAGACAAUCCUUUUGAUUUGGAUGAAGCUACAAGGACAUCACCUUACCAUAAUAUUUCCGAUCAGAAACUCACCAGUGGACUCAUAGAUAUUCUACAAACCAAUAAGGCACUGUUUCAAGGCAAAACAAAAGAUUUUGAUGUGGAAAAGGCUCUGUUGGCAAAAUCUGUACGUGACUUUGAUGAAGCAAUAUCUAUGGUAUCUUAUGGGUUUGGAGCAAUACAAGACUUUUAUUCAAAAUGCAGCUCACGGAAUGUGAUUAGGGAUAUCAAAAUUCCUGUUCUCUUCAUACAGAGUGAUAAUGGGAUGAUUCCAGCUUUCUCAGUUCCACGCAAUCUGAUUGCAGAAAAUCCAUACACAAGCCUGCUCCUAUGUUCUUGUUCACCAUCUAGUGUUAUUGAUACUGACAGGUCUGCUAUGUCAUGGUGCCAGCUUCUAACAAUCGAGUGGCUCACAGCUGUGGAGCUUGGACUCUUAAAGGGACGUCAUCCUCUUCUGACAGAUAUAGAUGUUACCGUAAAUCCUUCUAAGGGACUGGCUGUUGUAGAGGAAAUAAGACCGGAUAAGAAUGAUAAAGCGAGGAAAUUGUUGGAUCUUACUCGAUCGGAUGCAUUUAAUGGAUAUUUGGUUGAUCCUACUCAAGAUUUUCUCGAAGAAAGUAAUACUGAUGCCAACCUCAAUGUCAGGCCCAAACAGGAUUUACAAAGUAAUCUUUACCAUGAAGAUAUGAGAUUGCAAGUAAAAAAUGGUGCUUUACAGGAGACAAGCUCCACUGAUGCCAAACUAAUUCAAGAAGGGAAUGUCGGCUCUAUAGAUGGUGAAAAUGGUCAAGUUCUACAGACAGCACAAGUGGUAAUAAAUAUGCUUGAUGUUACCAUGCCUGGUACUCUAACAGAAGAGCAGAAGAAAAAGGUAUUAACUGCUGUGGGUCAAGGAGAGACACUCAUGAAAGCUUUGCAAGAUGCUGUGCCAGAAGAUGUUCGUGGGAAGUUAACAGAUUCUGUGACUGCAAUUAUGCAUGCACGUGGGUCUGAAUUGAAGUUUGAUAAGAUUCUUCAUAUUCCUCAGUCCCGCGAAGCAUUAUCAGGUAAAAAGAACCAAGAAAAAUCCAGAGUAUCAUCAGGUACUGAAGGUGUGUUAGCUGAUCAGUCCUCAUCGAAUCAGAUGAAAAAGACUAGUGGUUCUGUUGGUGGCUCUGACAAUGUAUCAGACGGCACGGGCAAGCCUGCUGGAAAAACAGAAACAGAAGUUCUUCCCUUGGAGAAAUCAUCAAAUUCAGGAAAUUUAACCCAAUCUCAAGAAUCCGGCAAUGAAGUUGGUUCUUCUAGUACUUCUAGGGCGGAAACUAGUGAGUCUAGAGACAAUAAUGGCACCGAAGAGGAGUUAAAAGAAAAAAACACUGAUAUUGAUCAUGGUGAGAAGGGAUCUGAAACAGGUGCAAAACCAUACACUCCGAACCAACCUGCUGAGGUAGUUCGCAUUGAAGCAGAAGCUGGUGCUGAACAGAAAAACCCAAACAGUGAAAUGGCUAGAACAGACAUGAAGGAAGAGAGUAAUGUUCAGAAGGUUGAGCAAAAAAGUCAGGAUCUCUCAAAUGAUCAAAGUAAAAUGACAUUAACAGAUGCAAAAGAUCUGUCUUCGCCUCCUAGGCCCUCUGAGCACCAAACAACAGAAGGGGAAGGUGAUCAAAGUAAAAUGACGUUAACAGAUGCAAAAGAUCUGACUUCGCCUCCUAUGCCCUCUGAGCACCAAACAACAGAAGGGGAAGGUAAUGAUAGUGAGAAGAAAGACAACAAAAAUACACAGCAUAUUUCACAUCAAACUAACUCAACUAGAUCUGAUUCUAGUUCUGCUGCCUUUAGUGUUUCUCAAGCAUUGGAUGCCUUAACCGGGAUGGAUGAUUCCACCCAAGUGGCUAUCAAUAGUGUGUUUGGUGUAAUAGAAAACAUGCUAUCUCAGCUUGAGCAGAGCUCAAACAACAAAGGUGAAGACAAGAAUGGAAAAGACUUUGAACGGGAGUUAGGAGAAAAGAAGCAUUCUGAUGAUCAAAGCAUGGAUUCCAAGACAUCUGGUGGUUCUUCUGGCAAAAAUCACAACAAUGCCGUGUGCUUGGAGAGUUAUUCUUGUGAUAAAGGGGAACAACUAACUAAUACCCUCAACACAACUAACAGGAGCGGAGUCUUCAAUUCUGAAAAUUGUGACUCUGAAAACCAUAUAGUUCAUAAAGGAACUAAUAUGAAUAGUCAAUUGAUUGACCAAAGAUUUCUCUCUCAUAAAUGGGAUGGACAACAACCAGUAAAUAGAAUGCCACUCUUAUAUGGGGACUCUCCCUAUAAUGAAUACCUCCGUAAAUGUCUUGUUUCAAAGAUUCCUUCCAAAUCACUUGAUUUAGACACCACAACUGCAUUGUUUCUUGACUACUUCCCAGCAGAAGGUCAAUGGAAGCUCUUUGAUCAACCACAAAACAUAGAAAAUGCUGCUAAUUACCCUGCAACUAGCGAGGAGGCUGUAUUAAAGAUGAAGGCCCACUCAUCUGCAAAAUCUUCUGAUGCACAGGAGUAUAUUGAACCAUCAUACGUAAUAUUAGAUACUGACAAAAAACAAGAACCUAUCGAAGAGUUCGUGUCAUCAGACACUAUGAAUGAGGUGAUUGAUACAAGUGAGCAGUCAGAGGAAUUGAUCCAAUUUGUGAAAAAGAGAGUAUUAGAUGCUUUGAAGAUAGAAGUUGGUCGCAAGCUGAAUGCAUCAGAAAUGAAUGAAAUGAAAUUGAUACUUGAAGUAGAUCUCGAACAUGUGGCGAAUGAGAUAUCACUUGCUGUUGCACAUAGUAAGGUGCAAUUAUGUACAGAAGGUCAAUUUCAUAUUGUACAGGGUGAUGCAGAGAAAAUUGGAACUCUUGAUGGGGAGCAUAUCAUUGGUGUAAUUUCAUCCUCUGUUCAGGAAACGGGUUACCUGAGACUAGUGAUGCCUGUUGGUGUUAUUGUAGGGUCCAUCUUAGCUGCCUUGAGAGAAUAUUUUAAUGUAACUACGCUUCAAGAUAAUGUACAGAGAGUAUCUCAUAGUGAUGAAAAUGAGGAAAAACCUGGCAAAAAGAAUUAUGGCAACGUCACUGUUGCUGAGAUAGAUCAAGUGCCCCUAGAGAAGAGUAGUUUGGAGAAUCCCACCAAGAGAGAGGAGGCAGAAAGUAUAUCAGAAAAUUCGAGCAAAAAUACUGUCAUGGUUGGCGCUGUUACAGCUGCUCUAGGUGCUUCUGCUCUACUUAUGCAACAAGAGGAUCCACAACAAGGCAGUGGAACUGCUGAAAGAUCAUCAUUGCCUUUGAAAAUCAAGGAUCAACAUCAAAAGGGACCAAAACAGUUUGUAGAAGAGGUCUCUGAGAAGAACCAGAAUAACCUAGUUACAAGCCUUGCAGAGAAAGCAAUGUCAGUUGCUGCUCCAGUUGUACCUACUAAAGAAGGUGGUGAGGUGGAUCAAGAGAGGCUGGUUGCAAUGCUUGCUGAUUUAGGACAGAAAGGUGGUGGCCUGUUGAGGCUAGUUGGAAAAAUUGCUUUACUAUGGGGUGGUAUACGUGGAGCAAUGAGUUUGACGGACAGGCUUAUCUCUUUCUUGCGUAUAGCUGAACGCUCCUUAUAUCAGAGGAUUUUCGGAUUUGUUGGGAUGAUCCUUGUUCUAUGGUCUCCUGUUGCUAUUCCAUUGCUUCCGACAUUGGUUCGGAGCUGGACAACACAGACCCCUUCCAGAUUUGCCGAGUUCACUUGCAUCGUUGGCCUGUACACUUCAACAGUGAUACUUAUCAUGUUAUGGGGAAAAAGAAUCCGUGGGUACGAAAAUGCAUUUGAGCAGUAUGGUUUGGACUUGAAAUCGUCACACCAGAUAUUUGAAUUGUUGAAGGGCUUCCUUGGUGGCAUCAUCCUCGUUUUUUCAAUCCAUGCUGUGAAUGCAUUUCUUGGUUGUGCAACUUUUUCAUGGCCUUGUAGUCCGUCAUCUUUAGAUGCUGUGACAUGUUUUAAAGUGUACGGGAAAAUGCUUUUGGUGGUUGUUCAAGGAACUGUAAUGGCCAGUGGCAUUGCCCUGGUGGAAGAAUUGCUUUUUAGGUCAUGGUUGCCACAAGAAAUUGCAGUUGAUCUGGGGUAUUUUCAUGGAGUCAUCAUUUCAGGGCUAGUAUUUUCUUUAUUGCAGAGGUCUCUGAUAGCAGUACCAGGACUUUGGCUUUUAUCUUUGUCUCUGUCAGGUGCCCGACAGAGAAAUGGAGGUAGCCUCUCAAUUCCGAUAGGGAUACGCACUGGGAUAAUCACAUCCACUUUUUUCUUGCAAAAGGGUGGCCUUUUAACAUAUAGUAACCCGGGAAACUUUCCUCUUUGGGUAACCGGCACUCAUCCAUUUCAACCCUUCAGUGGUUUAGUUGGGUUGGUGUUUUCUUUUUCAUUGGCAAUACUUCUCUACCCCACACGCACACAAAAGAAGGAAGCCCAGGAAUAAAAAUAUUCAUCAUUGAAAGCCGUUGGAAGCAGUUUUCGAACUUUUUUAACUUCUGUCAUACACAGAUGAGAUUUUCUUGAGCACAGAAUGGAAGACAUUAAUCAAGGGGAAUGCAAAGAAAGAUGGAAUUUUGGAAAAAAGAUAUGAAGGCUUGAGUUCUUCAUACGUAUCAAGCUAAAUUCUCAUAUGGAACUUAUUGCGGUCACUAGAACACGGUGUGAGUUUUGGAUUUUGGGUACGAUGUACAGUGUCAAUUUUGUAAGUAGAAAAAGUAUAGGUUUUAUACGAAGUUUUUUGUUUGUGCAUAAUCUAAGUGUACAGCUUACCCCCGGGGGUUUGGCCCUGUAAAAUUUUCCACUUGUAUCAUUAUUUAUCAGAAUGUCAUAUGAAGCAGAGAAUAGAAAUUAGGAUGUAGCACCCUACAUGUUGGGGUUUACAUUUUUGUUUUGCUUGCUUUGAGCAAAGAUAAUGGUCGUGACUCCAAUAUUGCCAAAGCAAUAAUAAAGAAGAUUCCAUUUAGAAUUGGAAUUGCUAAU